CUUAGACCACCACAGUCUCUACCUGCUCUCUUAGCUGGUCUCUAAGCUUUUCAGCUUUCGCGACAUCUCGCCCGCUCGCCCCACUUCAGCAACUUGACCUUGCCCUGAUCGCAACUCAACGUACCACUACACCUUCCUGGUAUACGACAUAUAAAGAUGCUCAAGCUUGCGUCUCUUUUUGCUCUCACUGCCCUUCUUGGUCUCGCCAUCCCGGUUUCACGCGGUGCUGAGCACCAGGUGACGGUCGGAGGAGUUGGGAUUAUUCAGUAUGAUCCGGAGUUCGUGAAUGCGGACCCAGGAGACACCAUCGUCUUCACCUUCAAGCAGAAGAACCACACUGUGACGCAAUCAUCCCUUGACGCUCCGUGCUCGCCCCUCGCCAAUGGGUUUGAUUCUGGUUUCGUCCCUGUCCCCGACAGCCAAACCGAUAACUUUACUGUGGCACAGUUCACCGUCCAAGACACGAAUCCCGUUUGGGUCUACUGCCGCCAAGCGAAUCACUGCCAACAAGGCAUGGUCUUUGCCAUCAACCCUGGAGACAAGUUUGACCAGUUCAAGAACAAUGCCGUCGGGAACACCACUUCCACCUCUACCGCCACCGGGUCCGCCAGCGUCGUCACCGUCACCGCGACUGUCACCGUCGACGGCUCCGCGCAGACGACCACGUACACCACCAACGCCGCAUCCGCCUCUGCGUCUUCGACCGGUACCUCCACCUCGAGUGCUGCAGUCCACACCGUGACAGUCGGCUUUAACGGCGCGCUCACGUUUUCGCCGAGCAACCUGACUGCGCAAGUCGGGGAGCAAAUCACUUUCCAGUUCACGGCAAAGAAUCACACCGCGACGCAAAGCUCCUUCGCUGACCCGUGCGCUCCUCUUAGCGAGACGAGCACCAUCGGCCAGGUCGGCUUUGACUCUGGGUUCAUGCCUGUGGCGGCGAACGCGACCGACUUCCCUACCUUCACGAUCACCGUGAACGACACCGCACCGAUCUGGGUCUACUGCAAGCAGACGAACCCCGCGAGCCACUGCAAGGCCGGUAUGGUCUUCUCUGUGAACGCGCCAACGAGCGGAAAUACCUUCUCGGCAUUCCUCCAGAACGCGAUGGGCUCCUCCGCCUCUGCAUCGUCCGGCGGCUCGAGUGCCUCUGCGUCCGCCUCGAGCACCGGCGCAGUGUCCGUCUCGACGGGCACCGUCGCCGCCGCCCCGAGCCCCACCACCAACGGCGCGCCGUCUAUCCGCGGUGCUGGGGUCCCCUUGGCUCUCAUGGCGGUCGCCAUUGCCCGCACGCUUCUGUGAGACGGGUUCUGGCCGGAGUGCCGAAGAUAGAUGCAUGGACAUGAAUAGGACGUCUGGGACGUCCGGGACUCUCCGCUUCUGACAUUGCUUACGCCCUGCUACGAAUCUUCACGCGCGCAAUGAUCGCACGGACUGUAUUCGUAUUUGCACACUCAUUGCGCCUCAGACCAGACAGUGUAGCCAUAUUAUUAUAUCCCUUCGCGUUCUUUCCCAGGUUUCGGAUGUAUCUAUAGCCUUACUAGUCUCUCGGCCUGGGUUGACUCUGGUUCAUGGUGGACACUGUAGUGCUAAUUGAUCCGAUACCUGUAUAUCCUGACUUUUCAGAUGUAAUGGGAUACUAUCUCUAUGUGAAAUC